GAAAUUUAAAUUUGAUCUAAUCAAUAAAAUAUUUGUCACCGAAUAUUUCAAGUUAAUACCAUGUGAAAGAUAUUUCAAACUAUCUAUUUGACAUUUUAAUAAGAAAAUAAUUGCAUGAUUUGUUUCUUGUGACUUUUGCCGGAGUGAAAGUGUUUCUAGAUCUAAAAGUGAAAGGCGCUGAUCUUGUCAACAAACUCACUUCUUAAUAAACCCAGUUAAACACCAACUUGCGAUAUGUCCGAACAAUACAGUCUCAUAAAAGCGCCAUGUCAAGGGUGAAUAUAAUCACAAACGAACAAUGGAUAUCGAGCAAAAAUUCGGAUGUCUACGAAGCAAUUUAUAAAAUCUCACAUCUCCGCAAAUCCAAAUUAACCAAAUACACAAGAUGGCGGCAAAGAAGAUUAACAAAAUGGCGGCUGAGUACGAAAGUUCUAAUUCCACUAAUGAUCUUAAAUGUAGCGGGACAAACACGGGCUGUAGAAGGUCUAACAAGUCGAGUGCUUGCAACGUUCUUCGGUUACCCGACCACAUGCAGUAUAGGAUCUGAAGUGAAGCCUUGCUCGUUGUCUUUGAGCUGCUGGCUGAGGGGAGGUACGAGGCUCAGGGGAUGCGGUGGCAGUUGGUUACUCACAUGCUGUGGACCCCCAGACAAUGUUAGAAAUGAUGGCUUUGAUAAUAUCAUACCGUCAUCGGAAUGGAAGCACAAAGUCGCACCGCCGACACUUCGACUUGUCCCGCAUAGACACGCCGUACCCACUAACGUCUUCAGGAGACGAGCCGACGAUGACACCACACAGAGCGAUUGUGGACUACCAUCGACUAGAAUAUUACAGAAGAGGAUCAUAGGUGGCAGGGAGGCGAGGUUUGCCGAAUUUCCUUGGCAGGCACAUGUAAGAAUAUCGGAAUUCCAAUGUGGUGGUGUUCUAGUAUCCCGAUGGUUUGUUGCAACGGCGGCGCACUGCGUGUCGCGUGCCAGGCCGAGAGACAUCGCGGUGUGGCUCGGGGCCUUAGACACCACCGCGGGCGCGCACACCGCAAGGAAACUUGGAGUGAUCCAAAAAAUUCUUCAUCCUUUAUUUCAAUUUCGUAUGACACAACCGGAUAGAUACGACAUCGCGUUGUUAAAACUAUCCCGACCUAUCACGUACACUGGACACAUCCUGCCCAUCUGUCUGCCGGAGCUGGAUCUGGAGUUACGCGGCAAGUCCGGUGUGAUCGCCGGCUGGGGCAAGACUGACGCUAGUAAUGGCCACACCGGCACAAACCUAUUGCGGUCUGCCACCGUUCCUAUUCUUAGCAAAGAGCAGUGUAUCAACUGGCACCAAAGUAAACAGAUCUCCGUUGAGAUUCACUCAGAGAUGAUAUGCGCCGGACAUUCAGACGGACAUCAAGACGCGUGCUUAGGUGAUUCCGGAGGGCCGCUUAUAGUUUUAGACGGCGGUCGUUACUAUCUAGUUGGUAUCACAUCAGCGGGUUUUGGUUGCGGCGUUGACCAUCAGCCUGGCAUCUAUCACAACGUCAAAGUCACCGCGAGCUGGAUCAAAGGCGUCAUAUCACCGUCUAUCAACUACAUCGACUUUAAAUAG